AUGGGCGACCCACCUGCGCAUGUAAUAUUAGGCGUGAUCGCUGCCUGUCAAGCAUGCAAUAGCGAGACGCAGUGGGAUGUAAGCUAUAUCGACGAUAUGAUCCAGAGAGGUUACGAUAUCAACCAGGGCCUUGGCAACAUCGGAGGUAUUUUAGGUUUUGCUGUGAGAUCCGACAAGCUUCCUCUAGUCGAGUUCCUCCUCAGCCACGGCGCUGACCCUAACGCCAAUCUCUGUGACGAGAUUUAUUCAACACUAGAAUUCGCCAUCGUCUCUAAUACAAGCCUGUCUAUUAUUUCUCUUCUGAUCGAUCGUGGAGCUGUUGUCAAACAGCGCAGCGCCGCUCUCCUCGCCGCCCAGGCCGGGCGUCUAGAUAUCUUGAAGCACCUCAUAUCUUCUGGUGCUGGAGUCGAUUCUAUCCCCGACAAUGAGAAUGUAUACGACAACGCCCGUGAGCAAGACGAUUGGGGUACGCCGCUCCAUGGAGCUGCAGGAAAUGGCAAGGCUGAUUGUGUCGCGUGGUUACUUCAGACAGGCGCAUCUCGUGACAUCAAAAACCACAACGGCUUAACUCCCAGGGAAGUGGCGGAAAAGAGAGGACAUGCACGAUGCGUGACAUUAAUAGACCAGAAUGAAAAUGAAGGUGGCUGCGUAGUUUCGUGA